AGGGCAGCAGAGACAGGGGACUAAACACGCAUACUGCGGAAAGAGAGAGAGGUCGGGGUGGCAAAUUCAUUGCAUGUAGCGUCUGCUCCGAACAAUGUCACAGCAGGGUUAUGGGCAUGAGGAGGAGAUGAUAAAGCGGAGGGUGGUGGUGGAGGAAUGGCGCCAACCUGAGCUGCAGGCCUUCCACCUGUGCUCCCCUCCCCAUUCUGCUGCCAACCCUGAAGUCCAUCAUCAGGCGAACCAGUUGGUGAUAGAAGUGGCGGAAAGAGGUGGUGGUGGGCUUGUCGCCGCUGCUGAUGCUACGAGCUUAGCUGCUUCUCUUGCUGUUCCUGUUAGUAGCUCUUCUGCCUCUGGCCGUGAGAUGGAGGCCGCUAAUGGUAACGUCAAGGUGGAAGACCCACAACCGGCAACGGUGGCUAGCAGGCAGGAAGACGUGAAGCCGGCGCCGGAGGCCCCGACGGUCGGAUUCAGCCAGCUGUUUCGCUUCGCCGACGGGCUGGAUUGCUUGCUGAUGGCUGUCGGCACCGCCGGGGCCAUUGUUCAUGGCAGUUCCCUCCCCAUUUUCCUCCGCUUCUUCGCCAAUCUCGUCAACUCCUUCGGGUCCAACGCCGGCGAUCCCGACACCAUGGUUCGAGAAGUCGUCAAGUAUGCUUUCUACUUUCUCGUGGUCGGGGCGGCGAUAUGGGCAUCUUCUUGGGCUGAGAUAUCUUGUUGGAUGUGGACGGGGGAGCGGCAAUCCACACAGAUGAGGAUUAAAUACCUCGAGGCCGCGCUGAACCAGGACGUGCGCUAUUUCGACACUGAGGUGCGCACCUCCGACGUCGUCUACGCCAUCAACGCCGACGCGGUCAUCGUGCAGGACGCCAUCAGCGAGAAGCUGGGGAACUUCAUCCACUACAUGGCCACCUUCGUGUCCGGCUUUGUGGUGGGCUUUACCGCGGCGUGGCAGCUAGCGCUCGUCACGCUGGCUGUCGUCCCCCUCAUCGCCAUCAUCGGCGGCAUCCACACCUUCACGCUGACCAAGCUCUCCUCCAAGAGCCAGGAUGCUCUGGUUCGAGCCAGCAACAUCGCAGAGCAGGCGCUGGCGCAAAUCAGGACGGUGCAGUCCUUCGUCGGCGAGUCGAGCGUUCUCCAGGCCUACUCUUCCGCCCUGAGGGUCGCUCAGAAGAUUGGCUACCGGAGUGGAUUCGCCAAGGGUUUGGGAUUGGGAGCAACCUACUUCACCGUCUUCUGCUGCUAUGCAUUACUGCUCUGGUACGGAGGGCAUCUCGUACGCCACCACCACACCAAUGGCGGGCUUGCCAUCUCUACCAUGUUCGCCGUCAUGAUUGGAGGACUAGCUCUGGGGCAAUCAGCUCCGAGCAUGGCUGCAUUUGCGAAGGCCAGAGUGGCAGCGGCGAAGAUAUACCAGACGAUCGAGCACGAGCCGAGCAUUGAUCGGAAGAACGACACCGGGAUCGAGUUGGGUGCCAUCACGGGGCUUGUGGAGUUGAACAACGUGGAUUUUGCUUACCCGUCGAGGCCGGACGUCCCUGUGCUCUGCAACUUCUCCCUGACUGUUGCUGCGGGGAAGACUCUUGCAUUGGUUGGGAGCAGCGGCUCUGGCAAGAGCACCGUGGUUUCCCUAAUUGAGAGGUUCUAUGAUCCCACUUCAGGUCAAAUUUUGUUCGAUGGGCAUGACAUAAAGACCUUGAAACUGAGAUGGCUCAGGCAACAGAUUGGGCUUGUGAGCCAGGAACCUGCCCUCUUUGCAACCACCAUUAAAGAGAACCUUCUUCUGGGCAGGGAAGAUGCCACUCAGGCAGAGAUAGAAGAAGCUGCCAGAGUUGCCAAUGCUCAUUCUUUCAUCGUGAAGCUGAGAGAUGGCUAUGACUCCCAGGUGGGGGAGAGGGGGCUGCAGCUCUCCGGUGGCCAAAGGCAGCGCAUCGCCAUUGCCAGAGCAAUGCUGAAGAACCCUGCAAUCCUCCUCCUAGAUGAGGCCACGAGCGCUCUAGACUCCGAGUCUGAGAAACUCGUGCAGGAGGCCCUCGACCGAUUCAUGAUCGGCCGCACCACGCUCGUGAUUGCCCACCGCCUCUCGACCAUCCGCAAGGCUGACUUCGUCGCGGUUCUCCAGCGAGGGAGCGUCACCGAGAUCGGAACGCACGAAGACCUCAUGGCGAACGGUGAUGAUGGUCUUUACGCGAAGCUAAUUCGGAUGCAGGAGCAGGCCCAUGAGGCAGCCCUCAUCAGUGCCAGGAGGAGCAGCGCAAGGCCUUCAAGUGCGAGAAACUCGGUGAGCUCCCCCAUCAUUACCCGGAACUCAUCAUAUGGCCGGUCGCCGUACUCCCGCCGUCUCUCCGACUUCAGCACGUCCGAGUUCAGCAUCUCGAUUGAUCCGAGCCACCGGACGAAGAAGCUUGCAUUCCGAGACCAGGCCAGCUCGUUCUUGCGCCUCGCCAAGAUGAACUCACCGGAAUGGACCUACGCGCUCUUAGGCUCGAUCGGCUCCAUGGUGUGCGGCUCCAUGAGUGCCUUCUUUGCGUACGUCCUCAGUGCUGUUCUUAGUGCCUACUAUGCUCAAGACUACAACUACAUGCGGCGGGAGAUCGGCAAGUACUGCUACCUCAUGCUCGGUGUGUCCUCUGCUGCUCUCCUCUUCAACACCAUGCAGCAUCUCUUCUGGGAUGUGGUCGGGGAAAAUUUGACCAAACGGGUUCGGGAGAAGAUGCUCACCUCUGUUCUUCGGAAUGAGAUUGCGUGGUUUGACAGGGAGGAGAACGGCAGCGCCAGGAUCGCCGGUAGACUCACGGCGGAUGCUCACAACGUGAGGUCUGCGAUUGGUGACCGUAUCUCCGUCAUCGUGCAGAACACUUCGCUCAUGCUUGUUGCCUUCACCGCUGGCUUCGUCCUCGAGUGGCGGCUAGCUCUCGUUCUAAUUGCCGUCUUCCCUGUCGUGGUUGCUGCCACAGUUCUGCAGAAAAUGUUCAUGAAGGGCUUUUCGGGAGACUUAGAAGUGGCUCACGCCAAGGCCACGCAGAUUGCCGGCGAGGCAGUGGCCAACGUGCGCACGGUAGCGGCUUUCAAUUCGGAGGAAAAGAUCACCCAGCUAUUUGCAGCGAACCUGCAAAGCCCGCUCCAGCGCUGCUUCUGGAAGGGCCAGGUAGCAGGCGGCAGCUUCGGUGUCGCCCAGUUCCUUCUCUAUGCUUCAUAUGCUCUCGGCCUCUGGUAUGCUUCAUGGCUGGUGAAACAUGGCUUCUCCGACUUCUCCAAGACCAUCCGCGUCUUCAUGGUGCUCAUGGUGUCAGCUAAUGGUGCUGCGGAGGCCCUGACACUGGCACCUGACUUCAUCAAGGGUGGGCGCGCCAUGCGAUCAGUGUUUGAAGUAAUUGACCGUAAGACCGAAGUAGAGCCGGAUGAUCCCGACGCCGCUCCCGUCUCCGACCGCCUCCGUGGGGAGGUCGAGCUCAAACAUGUCGACUUCGCUUAUCCGUCUUGCCCGGACAUGCCUGUGUUCCGCGACCUCACCCUGCGAGCUCGAGCCGGGAAGAUGCUCGCACUUGUUGGCCCGAGCGGAUGCGGGAAAAGCUCCGUCAUUUCAUUGAUUCAGCGGUUCUACGAGCCCACGUCGGGGCGUGUGCUCAUCGACGGGAAGGACAUCAGGAAGUACAACUUGAAGUCGCUGCGGCAGGCGAUCGCAGUGGUGCCGCAGGAGCCAUGUCUGUUCGCUGCGACGAUCUUGGAGAACAUUGCAUACGGAAGAGAAGCAGCGACGGAGGCGGAGGUGGUGGAGGCGGCGACGAUGGCGAACGCGGACAAGUUCAUAUCAGGGCUGCCGGAUGGCUACCGGACAUGGGUGGGAGAGCGCGGGGUGCAGCUCUCAGGGGGACAGCGGCAGAGGAUAGCGAUCGCGCGGGCGCUGGUGAAGAAGGCGCCGAUGAUGCUGCUUGACGAGGCGACGAGUGCGCUGGACGCGGAGUCGGAGAGGAGCGUGCAGGAGGCGCUCGAGCGGUCCGGCGUGGGACGGACGACCGUGGUGGUGGCGCAUCGGCUUGCGACGAUAAGGAACGCCCACGUGAUCGCGGUGAUCGACGAGGGGAGGGUGGUGGAGCAGGGGCCGCACUCGCACCUGCUCAAACACCACCCGGAUGGGUGCUACGCGCGAAUGCUGCAGCUGCAGCGCUUCACGAAUGGCACGACUGUUGGCGCGCCACCGCCGCCGUCCACCGACGCCAGGGAAACAGAAUGAUAGAGAGGGGGAGAGCGAGAAGGAGAACAAGAAGACACCGAUGGCAAUGUAACUCCAUUUCACUUUCACUUUUUGCUUAGUUAAUUUUUGCUGUGGGGUAAAAAAAAUGUGCCAUGUAAAUUUAGUCAUCUUAACAGUAAAUUCUCCCGUAA